AUGACCCGCGAUGAAAAGAGAAUGGAGAACAAGGUUGAAAAGAUAUGUUCGGGACUAUCCAUUGGUUUGCACCUCCCGUCUCGACGGAAAGUGCGACGUGGGCUGCUGUCCCAUCGUGGCUCGCUUAUACUGCUUUCCUCAGUUGCACUCUGCCUGAUGGUGCUUGCACCAUUCGUUUCUUUCGAGUUUUCUACACCCCGGAUGUGCACAGCCUUGGCUGACUCCGUUCCCGGUCUUGAGGCGGAUAACGAUGGGAGUGAUGCGUACAGUUGGACAGACACAGAAGACGGCACCACAGUUGAAGAGAGCGACGAUGCUACCGAAGAAGACGGCACCACAGUUGAAGAGACCGACGGUGCUACCGAAGGCGAAGACGGCACCACAGUUGAAGAGACCGACGGUGCUACCGAAGGCGAAGACGGCACCACAGCUGAAGAGACCGACGGUGCUACCGAAGCAGAAGACGGCACUACAUCUGAAGGAGGUGGCGCUGGUACAGAAACAGAAGACGGCACUACAUCUGAAGGAGGUGGCGCUGGUACAGAAACAGAAGGCGGCACUACAUUUGAAGGAGGCGGCGCUGGUACAGCAGCAGAAGAGGGCACUGUAUAUGAAGGAGGCGGCGCUGGUAUAGAAGCAGAAGAGGGCACUGUAUAUGAAGGAGGUGCAGGCGCUGUAGAAGUAUACGGCGGUUCUGCAGAAGUAAUAUACGCGACAAACGACAAGCAGAUUGAGCAGAAUGCCGUCGAACCAGUGCAGGAACGGAGCAGAAAAACGAGAGUCUCCAGGCGUGUUUCAAAGAUCCAACACUCCGAACGAGAUCGUCCAAUAGUGGCCUCUGGACUGUGA